UUUGGGUAGGGACUCGUUUGGCUGCUGCACACAACACACAGCAUGGAGGACGUAUGAGGAUGUCCCACAACGGUUCAUGGUAUACCCCACUCAAGAAGCAUCAGGGAUCCGUUAUCAUAAACGGAUGGCAUUGACACUAUAGUGUCUUGAUUCAGAGGGGUGUGAAGAUGUGGUGUCUGAGGCUGGGCAUAUUGUUGCCUGGACCGCUGUUCCACGCUGCCCCACGUCAUGGCCUCCAUAAACUGGCCUCGGUCCAGUCUGCCUCAAUGCUGCCAAAGCGCAAGUUUCAAGGCCUGCUGUACCCCUUCAGUGUGCUGGACCCCUACCUCGACAGGUCGGUGGACAGGACUAACUUCCAGUUGUUUCAGCCCUGCUUGGAGGACAUAGUGAAAGCUGAGCAGCUGUUCAACCCAAGCCGGUCUAAUCAAAUCGAUUACCUGAGUUCUGCAGUGAGGAUGGACCAUGUGCCUGCCCUAACACAACCAGAGGUGUGCUUCAUUGGGAGAAGCAAUGUUGGCAAGUCAUCUCUGAUCAGAGCUCUGUUCUCCCUGAGCCCCGAGGUGGAGGUCAGAGUAUCCAAGACACCAGGACACACCAAAAAGAUGAACUUCUUCAAAGUGGGGAAGGCGUUCAGCAUAGUGGACAUGCCAGGCUACGGACACAGAGCUCCCACAGACUUUGUUGACAUGGUGGAGCCCUACCUGGAAACAAGGAGCAAUCUGGUGAGGACAUUCCUAUUGGUGGAUGGUAGUAUUGGUAUCCAAAAGGCUGACUUAUUGCAUUGGAAAUGUGCGAGGAGAUGAGGCGGCCGUAC